ACAGCAAUUUUUUUGUGUAAAUACUUGAACAGCCGAUUCUCUUGAUACUAUCGCGUGAGCGGGCAAGAGGUCACGUCGUUAUCGCGUGUAGUGUGUCGUGAAAGCUAGUUUGAGUAGUUUGCUCGAGUUGAGUGUGUCUUGCAAGUGGCAGGUGCCAUGCUGCAAGGAAGGUUAGGCAGGGUGUUGAACCUCGGGCGCCGGUUAUGCAGCGAUGCGAGUGUGCCAAUACCAGAUCUCCAGUCCCACAACGCAGUACCUGAGUGGGCCCGAGCUCCACUGGAAGACUUGCAUGGAAGGCGGCAUGACUACGUUCGGAUAUCCCUCACAGAACGGUGUAAUCUAAGAUGUCAAUACUGCAUGCCAGCGGAAGGCGCGCCGCUCUCAGCGCGCGACAAGUUGCUCACACGUGAUGAGCUGACCAGGACAGUCCGGGUUUUGGCUGCCAUGGGUGUCCGGAAGCUGAGGCUGACGGGUGGUGAACCUACACUUAGGUCCGACUUGCAUCUUAUCAUAGAGGAACUAAACAGCAUCGAAGGCAUCACAAGCGUCUCCAUGACAACCAACGGCCUAGUGCUAACCCGUCGCCUGCCCACAUACGCUCGAGCCGGUCUCGCUGCCCUCAAUAUUUCUUUAGACUCACUUCAGAACGAGCGAUAUGAGAAAAUGGCGCGCAGACCGGGUUUAAAAAAAGUGCUAGCUGGUAUUGACUUGGCUUUACAACUUGGGUUUCCAGUGAAAAUCAACGUAGUGCUUAUGAAAGGAUUCAAUGAUGAUGAAAUUAUGGACUUUGUGGAGUACACCAAAGAUCGCCCCGUCGAAGUGAGGUUCAUCGAAUUCAUGCCGUUUUCUGGCAACAGCUGGGACGACUCGAAAUUAGUGCCAUACAGAACAGCUUUAAGAACUAUUGUGGAAAGACACCCAGAGUUGCAGGGAUGCACGCCAAGACCAAACGACACCGCAAGGGUGUGGCAGGUGCCAGGUUAUGCUGGUCGCGUGGGUUUCAUCUCUUCAAUGACGCACCACUUCUGUUCUACGUGCAACCGACUCAGGAUAACUGCAGAUGGAAAUCUUAAGGUUUGCCUAUUCGGCAACGCGGAAGUGUCCCUACGCGACGCGAUCCGAAGCGGGGCUGAUGACGAAGAACUAUCGACGCUUAUACGCGUCGCUUUGAGGAACAAGAAACCUCAACACGCUGCGAAGCAGCUUACGGAGUCCAUCAAACUACAGGAGAAACACUUGUCCAGCAACCAUCACCCAGAUAUGGUUACGCUUCGAUCUCUAAGUCUUCCAUUUGAAACCAAAAAUCUUUCUGAUCAGAGCGUCCAAAGAAUCAGGAAUUUGACUAUGGUGUCCACCAAAAGUCUACAGAACCAAGACUUCUUAAAAAACCACUUAGAUGACGUGGAAAAUCCUAUGCUCCAGUCGCUAAAUCUUCAGAAUCAAAUCAAAAGCUUCUCGGGUCAGAUCCAAAGAUCGAAGUUUUCGUAUUUAGAUUCUACAGUGCCAGGAAUUUGGUCAAAAAUAAAUUUGCAAAGCAUGCGUAGCUACAGUACAACCCCGUUUUCGCAUCUAGACUCUUCAGGACGAGCUCGAAUGGUAGACGUAAGCAGAAAGAGGGUCACAGAAAGAACAGCUAUCGCCGAAUGCCGUCUCAAUGUAAGCCCUGAAUUGGUGAAACUUCUAAAAGAUGGUGCUUUACCUAAAGGCGAUGCUUUAGGCGUAGCCAGAGUCGCUGGUGUAUUAGCUGCUAAACGAACUUCAGAACUCAUUCCACUGUGCCAUCCACUACCUUUAGACUGCGUCCUUAUUUCUUUAGAACUGCCAGAAAAGGAAGACGAUAACACAGUCUACAUAACUUGUGAGGUUCGCGUCACAGCGAAAACUGGUGCUGAAAUGGAGGCCUUAUCCGGAUGUUCAGGGGCCGCUUUAGCUCUGUAUGACAUGUGCAAAGCAGUGGAUAAAGAAAUGGUCAUAUCGGACCUUCGAGUCGUCCGAAAGACGGGAGGUAAAAGCGACUACCCCCCUCCGAAGUUACCCCCUCCACCCCCCGUGGAGACGACCAAGCCAGUUGACUGGCCGAAAGAAACCUUUGCUCCUAUUAAUGUUGUUUACUUGUGAUAUGCGAAGGGUAUAUUUUUAAGUUGUUUUAGUAAUAUAUGUUUUGAAGUUUAGUAAAGUCGCUUUCCAUAAAGAAGAGAAUUGCUUGUAUAAUGUACGAAUAGUCCGUCAAACCAUACUUAUGGCAAGCGAGAAAGUGAGACGUUUUACUAAACUUAACACAUAUAAUUAUUAUAUUAAGUAGGAACUACGUUGUUAUAGGUAGGUAGUUAGGUAGGUAUAUGCAUGAUGUUACGUCAAACGAACAUCAAUGCUGAAUUGCUUGAAAAAAAAUAUUUUUUUUCAUUAUAUCGUUUUAUAUGCAUGUUAUGUCGCAUAAGUCAUAAUAUAGAUACGUAAGUAGUUCUUUCUUUAUCCCAC